GUUAUUUGGGUCGUGAGUUGAGUAUACAAGAACUCCAGCAUUGUGAGAAGCGAUCCCAAGAUGACCAGGCUCACAAUUCUAGCAGGCUUAUGUCUGGUGAUAUGCCAGCUGGGCUCUGCCACCCAGAUGGUAUGCUACUUCACUAACUGGUCCCAGUACAGACCUGGGCUGGGGAAAUACAUGCCACAAGAUGUGGACCCCUUCCUCUGCACCACCCUGAUCUACGCCUUCUCGAUUAUCAACCAUAACAACGAGCUGGUUACCUACGAGUGGAAUGAUGACGUGCUCUACAAGUCUUUCAAUGCCCUCAAGAACAAAAAUCCUCAUCUGAAGACUCUGCUGGCUGUUGGUGGAUGGAACUUUGGUUCACAACAGUUCUCCAUCAUGGUUUCCUCUCCAGCCAACCGUCAGAAAUUCAUCCAGUCUUCCAUCAAAUUCCUGAGGACUCACGGAUUUGAUGGUCUGGAUCUGGACUGGGAGUACCCUGGCGCUCGUGGGAGUCCCCCAGAGGACAAACAGCGGUUCACUCUGCUCUGCAGGGAACUUGUUGUAGCCUAUGCAGCUGAGGCCAAGGCCACUGGUAAUGCUCAGCUCAUGGUAACUGCUGCAGUCGCUGCUGGAAAGGGAACCAUUGAUGCUGGAUAUGAGAUCGCUGAGAUUGCCAAGGAACUGGAAUUCAUCAAUGUGAUGACCUAUGACUUUCAUGGAACUUGGGAGACGUUCACUGGACACAACAGCCCACUGUUCCGUGGAUCCGAGGACAAUGGUGAUCUUAUCUACUUCAACACUAACUUUGCCAUGAAGUACUGGAGAGACAACGGAACCCCAGUGGAGAAGCUCAGGAUGGGAUUUGCUGCUUAUGGUCGUACCUUCCGUCUGACAUCAUCAAGCACUGGUGUUGGAGCUCCAGCUAAUGGUCCUGCAUCAGCUGGACCAUUCACACGUGAAGCUGGAUUUUGGGCCUACUAUGAGAUCUGUGGAUUCCUGAAGGACACCACUCUUCAGUGGAUUGAUGACCAGAAGGUUCCCUAUGCCACCAAGAACAAUGAGUGGGUUGGAUUUGACAACAGGGAGAGCUAUGAGACCAAGGUGCGUUAUUUGCAGGAGCAGAAGUUUGGUGGUGCCUUUGUGUGGGCCCUCGAUUUGGAUGAUUUUGCAGGACGGUUCUGUGGUGAGGGUAACCAUCCUCUGAUGGGUCAUCUCCGCAAACUUCUUAAUAUCGAACUGCCCGAACUGCCCACUACCACAACCCCCAAACCAGGUGCUAGCACCUUCCCCACUCCAACCACAACCACAACCACUACUACCACCACCCACGCUCCAGGACCUGGCUUCUGCAACGGCAAACCUGACGGCCUUUACCCCCACCCAGAGGACAGGAAGAGCUUCUACUCUUGCGCUGGUGGCAUCACCCACUUGAGCCACUGUGGUACUGGAUCUGUCUUUGAUGACAGCUGCAAGUGCUGCGUCUGGCCCUGAGCCAUGAGUGGAGACAGUAGAGAGAGUGUAAUACAGCUGAUGCAAAAAUCAACCAUUAAAUCUGUCAAAGUUC